AUGCAGCCCACAAGAUUGCUCCUGAAGCGCUCCGUAUGGAAGGGGCCCAACCUCGUGCCUCUGCCCAUUGUGUGGCCCAAAAAGGCUGGCGACAAGGUACCUCCGGUGCGCACGCAGGCUCGGUCCGCCACGAUCCUGCCGAAUUUCGUCGGGCUCAACUUUGAGAUUCACAACGGCAAGAACUAUUUGCCCGUUGCCAUCACGGAAGACAUGGUCGGGCACAAGCUGGGCGAGUUUGCGCCGACGCGAAAACCGAACAUCUACGGCAAGAAGUAA